GCUUGCCAAUGCAGUUUAAAAUGCAUCCAUUAGGAAACAAAAGAUGACAAAUGAUUAGCACAAAGCAAUGAUAUAAAAGUGCACGCGUUUUAGUAUUACUGUUUACUACAACAAUGUGGCUCAUAUUGCUCAUAUUUUCGUCCGCUACAGGUUUUGAAAUCAAAGAAAACCUACAGGUUGAUAUUAUAGAAAGUGCAAUUAAUAUAGCUAAUAAUAACUUUAAUUUUCGAGUCCAAACGACUAUAGUUUCCAAAGAUGUUCCUAGAGAAUACAUCGAUAAAUUCAUAUCAACUUACAAAGGAACUGUGACUAUAGAAACGAACGACGAAUCGCCUAAAACGCAGGUGGUUGUUCUAGUGAAAUCCUUUAACUCCUUUAUGAAAAUUCUGGACAAACUCACGCCGGAUCUAAAAGGAAACUCCUUGUUACACAGUGGCGCUAAAAUUCUGAUAAUGAUCAUGUAUUAUCCACAUAGACUGGCCAACAUCAACAAAAUUCUAUGGAAGUACUAUGUAACGGAUGUUAUUGUAGUUACUAGAGAUAGUAACCGUAGAAUCGCUUUAUAUACCUACUAUCCGUACAAAGAUCAUUUCAACUGCCAUAACUUUCAGCCCAGUUUUAUUGAGUAUACUAACACAAGUGUUAAAAACUUGUAUGUUGAUAAAACUAGAAAUAUGCGCGGCUGUCCCCUCUACAUAUCAACGGACAAACUCUUUCAUCCUAUAACAGAGCAAAAAGUUACUUUACAAGUUAUUAAACAAAGUCUUACAAGGUUACUCAGUGCUGCUAUGAAUUUCACUCCCAUUACUACGAGUAUAGACUACGUAAAUAUAGAUUCUGAUUCGUCAAAAAACUGGUCUGCUGCGCUCAGUGAUAUACUGAAAGGAACUGCCAAUAUGUCUACUUGUACCGUCACUUUGGGCAUUGACGGUUUCAGCGUGCUGGACUUCACUAUCCCCUAUUUCAGGGUAAGACUAGGAUGGUUGGCUCCCCCGCCGCAACCUGCGCCUAUUUGGUGGCCGUUAUACUCACCCCUCAGCGGAUAUCUCUGGCUUAUACUAUUACUGGUGAUUGUACCUGUAAAUAGCUUACCGCUGAUCCUGAAGUUGAAAAGUGUGAAGCGGUUUUGUCGUCGCUAUUUUAAGAAUUUCGACAAGUUGCAAAACGUCGCGUUUCGUUCUUGGGGCAUUAUGAUGGGUCAGACGAUACGAUUUGCGCCAACACGUUUCAGGGAUUUCUACAUUAUCGGCCUGUGGAUUUGGUUCACAUUCGUCAUACGAAGCGCGUACCAGAGCGUUUUAAUCGGCGCUCUAAAAUCGAACGUGACGAUCGGGAAAUUCCUCAGCGUGAAAGAAGCGGUCGAAAACGGCUACCGAUUCGGCGGAAAAGAGGAUGUUAUUGUUCAUUUUGAACACGAUCCGACUAUAAAGGAAAACUAUGAGAUAAUAACGCAGGAUAAGUACGUAGAGAGAUUCAGAGAUGUACUCGACGGCCGGACGAAAUUUGUCUUCGCAAUGUUUUUAGAAUACGCUUGGGCGUAUUGCCUGACCCAAGGUUGGAGCGAGGAAGAAUGCGGCCAUGUCAUACCUGACUCCAUAAUGACAGUACCAGUGGUGGUAUGGAUGAAGAAGAAUUCCGCUUUCAAAAAGUCCAUAUCACUUUGGGUGGUAAGGUUCUUAGAAAGUGGCUUACUGGAUAAAGAUACUAUGAAGAAACCGCUAAUGAAUUCUUUGAGGAUUCUUGAUCCUACCCCGCUCACUAUAAACCAGCUCCUGAGUUGUAUUCUGUGUUUGCUCAUAGGCUACGUAACUUGUUUUAUCGUCUUUCUGUUAGAAAUUGUGGCAUACAAGACUAAAGCUUUUGAAAAAGUCGAUAAGUACAUUUUGUCUAAACUAAGGAAAUAGACUACAGAAGCGUGUAGGCAUGGAA